CACAUAUGUACCGUUUUGUUAAGUCUCUCAAAUCCAAUUUGUAAGAGAAUGAGAUUUGUUGUUAAUUAAUUUUGUCGGCUUUAUCGAUAAAAAAUAAUUACGAUAAAAAAUUAAUAAUCAAAUUGUGCGUAAACGUUCGGUCUUGCAUCGUUAAUAUUUAUUUACAUAAGAAACACAUCAAUUUGUUUUUAAAGAAGUUUAAGUAAAGUCAAGUGCAAAAAAAAAAUUUAUCAAUCAUUCGUCAAGUACGUGAAAAGAAAAUUCCAAAGGAUGUCUACGUUGGAAGAUAAAAUUUUAGGAGAGAAAAGUCAUUACUAUUGUAGCAGCUCCAGCGAUGAUGAAAAUGAUAGUGAAGAUUUUGAUAAAGAAGUUGAUAAAGAAGAAGACAAAUAUAUAACACGUUCAGAUGCAUCUUCUUACUCCAAUGCACCUUCUUAUUCAGAAUGGGAUGGAUCCUCCAGUAAUACAGGACCAAAAGGUGUCCUUAAAGAUUGGCAACGAUUCAAACAAAUAGAAACAGAAAAACAAGCACUAGUUGCAAAAGAGAGAAUAGAAUUAAUUAAGAAAUUAAGUCUUUCAUGUCGCACUGAUUUAGAUGAAGAAAAAGAGAAAUUGGAAGAAACAGAUCCAGAACUUGCUGAUCUAUUAACAGAUGAAUUUCUAAUAACUUAUCAAAAACAAAGAAUGAAAGAAAUGCUUGCAAAAGCAGAAAAACUACGUUUUGGACAACUCAUUAAUUUAGAAACAGCAGAUCAAUUUGUAGAAGCUAUUGACAAUGAGGAUAAAUCGGUGACCAUUAUUAUUCAUAUAUAUGAAGAUAAAGUUAUUGGAUGCAAAACCAUGAAUGGAUGUUUAACAGCUCUUGCAGAGGAUUAUCCUUUUGUCAAAUUCUGCAAAAUUUCAGGAUCUGUGGCUGGAUUGAGUAAACAUUUUAAACAGAAGGGUGUCCCUGCUUUAUUAGUCUAUAAACAGGGACAAAUAAUUGGAAAUUUUGUCCAAUUGACUGAACAAUUGGGAUCAGAUUUUUAUGCUUCUGACGUAGAAUCAUUUUUAAUAGAAAAUGGAAUGUUACCCGACAGAAGCUGUGUACCUAGCAUUAUUUCAGGCAUAAAACAAGAACCAUGUUAAUAAGAAAGUACUUUAUUAAGUAAUAAGUAAAGACAUAUUUCUAAAUAUCA